AACUAACACUCAUUCUAUCCCAUACACCCCAAGGCCCCAACCCCACGGACAGAAGACAAAACAAAAAGAGAGGAAGAGGAAGGAGAGGGGGAGUGAUGGAGAAAGGAAGAAGAGAAGAGGGGAAGAGAGAGGACGUGAUGGCCAGAGAGAGAGAGAGUAGUGCAGCUGCCGUCACUGUUGGGGAUGUCGCGGUGGUUGCUGUCGUCACUGAAGGAGCUCGUCGCUGAGCUGCUGUGUCGCCGCCGGAAGAAAGCUCGUCCAUGCUCUAUCCUCCAUUCUUCCUCCACUGGAGCCUUCCGCCACUACCCUUGCCCUUUGAAAAUGAUGUCCUCACCUGAAGUUGCCAAUUGGAUCAAAGGGAAGAAGCUUACCCAGAAACUGCUUGAAAGGUUGAAGACUACUCUUUAUGCUGUUCAAGCCUUUCUCAGUGAUGCUGAGCAGAAGCAGAUCAAGGAGAGAGCUGUCAAGGACUGGCUCGAUAGUCUCAAAGAUGCUAUGUAUGUUGCUGAUGACUUGCUUGAUGAAGUCUUCACCAAAGCUGCCACUCAGAAGGAUCCAGGUACCUUCUCUCGUUUUUUCAAUUUGCAAGAUAGGGAGAUAGCAAACAGGAUGGAAGAAAUAAUUGAGAGGAUAGAGUCUAUUGUGAAGCAAAAAGACACUCUUGGUCUUAGAGAGAUUCCUAAGGAGAACAUGUCAUGGAGGAUCACAACAUCUCUAGUUGAAAGAUCUAAUAUAUAUGGAAGGGAAAAAGACAAGGAGGCCAUAGUGAAAUUGUUGUUGGAUGAUGAUAUAUCUGUGAUUCCCAUUGUGGGCAUGGGCGGAAUAGGAAAGACUACUUUGGCCCAAUUGGUUUACAAUGACAAUAAAGUGCAGAAGAACUUUGAUGUUCAGGGUUGGGUUUGUGUGUCCGAAGAGUUUGAUGUUAUUAAGGUCACCAAGACUAUAAUUGAGGCAAUAACUUCAAGUUCUUGUAACUUGAAUGAUUUGAAUUUACUUCAACAUGAGUUAAAGGAAAGAUUAUCCAAACGAAAGUUCUUUGUGGUUUUGGACGAUGCAUGGAAUGAAAACUAUGGUAGCUGGAAUAGGCUUCUAAAACCUUUUCAGAAUGGGGUUAAGGGGAGCAAAAUUCUCAUAACUACUAGAAGUACAAAGGUGGCUUCUGCGGCACAGACUAUUUCGUCUUAUGAACUAAGCUUAUUGUCAGAUGAAGAUUGCUGGUUAAUAUUUUCAAAACAUGCACGUCUUUCCACUUACUCUAUGGAGAAUCCAACUUUGGAAAAGCUUGGCAGAGAUAUUGUAAAGAAGUGUCAUGGCUUGCCCUUGGCAGCUCAAGCACUAGGAGGCUUGUUGCGCGGAAAUUCUGAUGUCGAGGAUUGGAAUCGUAUAUUGAAGAGCGAGAUUUGGGAAUUUUCUGAAGACAAAAGCGAACUCAUUCCAGCAUUAAGAAUCAGUUAUUACUAUCUUCCUUCAUGUCUGAAGGAGUGCUUUGUUUAUUGCUCAUUGUAUCCGAAGGAUUAUAAAUUUGAUAAAGAUGAGCUCAUCUUGUUAUGGAUGGCUCAGAAUUUUUUACAACCAGUUGGGAAAAAGACCCCAGAAGAAGUUGGUGAUGAAUAUUUCGAUGAAUUAGUUGCGAGAUCAUUAUUGCAACCUCAUAGUACUGAGGAAAAUAAUUUUGUGAUGCAUGAUCUUGUGCAUGAUUUGGCAAUGAUGUUUGCGGGAGAAUUCUAUUUUAGAGCGGAAGAGCUUCAGAAUGCAGUUGAGGUUGAUAUUAAAACGCGUCAUUUGUCCCAUAAUGCUAAAGGCAAUUAUCCAAUCUCAAAACUGUUGGGGGUUUGUGACAGAAUAAAACAUACAAGGACAUUUCUUGCAAUCAAUUUGUGGCCAUGGAUCCCAUUUAACAUGGAAAACACACCUUAUAUCUUGUUGUCACGGUUGAAGUACCUUAGAGCUUUGUCGUUGAAACGCUUUCCUCUUGAGUCAGUCCCUGGUUCAAUAGGUGAGUUGAUUCAUUUGCGUUACUUGGAUCUCUCUUGGACCGACAUUGUGACAUUGCCGGAGUCAUUGGGUAACCUGUACAACUUGCAGACCUUGAAGUUGCGUUUCUGUAUGCAACUGACAAUGCUACCUGUUGGCAUGGAAGACCUUGUAAAUUUGCGGCAUCUUGAUAUUAGAGGGACUGAUCGGUUGCAAGAGAUGCCGAAAGGUAUGAGCAAGUUGAAAAAUUUGCAGUUUUUAAGCGACUAUGUUGUUGGGAAGCGUGAAGAAAACAAUAUCACAGAAUUGGGAGCACUUGCAAAUCUACAGCAAUCAAUUUCCAUUGCCAAAUUGGAGAAUGUGGUGAACAGCAGUGAAGCUUCGAUGGCAAGAAUGUCUAACAAGGAUGGCAUUAGGUCUUUGGAGUUGAGUUGGUCGCCAGAUGAAGAUGAGAAUGAAGUUGAUUCCCAAAUAGAAAGAGAUAUACUCGACAAGUUAAAACCUCAUUGUAAUUUGAAAGAACUAGAAAUCCGGGGUUAUAGGGGUACAACCUUUCCAGAUUGGUUGGGACAUUCUUCCUACUGCAACAUCACCACAAUAACACUGUAUGGUUGCAGGAAUUGUUGUAUGCUUCCUUCACUUGGACAAUUGCCCUCUUUGAAGCACCUAACAAUUUUAAAUUUUGAAAGUGUGGAAAUUGUGGGUGCUGAGUUUUACUUUUACCAGAACGAUGAAUUUUGUUUGGAGACUCCAUUUCCAAAGCUUGAAACUCUUUGGUUUUCAUCAAUGCCUUGCUGGAAGGAGUGGCGUUCAAUGGAGUUGAAUGCAUUUCCUCGACUUAGGGAGCUUACCAUAUGGAAGUGUCCGAUGUUGAGAGGAGAUUUGCCGAAUCACCUACCUUCUUUGGAAUCACUUGAGAUUGAGGCUCCUGCGAUUUCCACUCUUUCAAUUUCAGGAAAGCAUCCAGUGGGGUCCGUGGUGGAGGCCAUUACGAACACGCAACUGACUUGCCUCACUUCUUUACGCAUCUCAGAUUGUUCCUCCCACAUAUGGUUUCCUGUGAGUGCUAUCCCUCCAUCACUACGAGACUUGAUGAUUCAGGGUUGUAGAGAAUUAGAAUUCCAAAUGGAUGGCCAACACCACUCACUUAAGGAACUACGCAUACGUAGCAGUUGUGAUUCAGUUGCAUCCUUCUCGUUGUUGGAUUCCUUUCCAAAUCUCGUGCAUGUUCAAAUCAAGAAAUGUGAAAAGAUGGAGUGUAUUGUGGUGUCACGCUCUCUCUCGUCUCUCCGAUAUCUAUGGAUCAAGCAUUGUGGGAGUAUGAAAUCCGUGUCGACGAUAUGGAUUGCAGCACCUCAGCUAGAGUGUCUCUCACUAGUGGGUUGCCCCAGGGUCGAUUUGUUUGCUCCAGGGGUUCCACACCGUAGCCUCAGAUUUCUUGGAAUCAGCUACUGCGAGAAACUAGUGAGCACUGCAGCAUUCAUGAAUUCCCAAUUUCACGGGCUAACUAGUCUUCGUAUUGCGGGUGAAUGUGAGAGUGUGAAGUCCCUCCCAAAGGAAGGUUGGUUGCCUGCCUCCCUUCAGUCUCUCACACUGGAUCGCAUUCAAAGUGUGGAGACGUUGGAAUGCAAGGGACUUGCCCACCUCACCUCCCUCCAUGAAUUAUGUAUUUUUCGUUGUCCCAAGUUGGAGAAUAUGGAGGGUGAAAAGCUGCCUACCUCUCUAAAACAACUCUGCAUCAGUGAUAGCCCUUUGCUGGGUAAACGGUGCGAGAUGAAGGACCCACAGCUUUGGCCCAAAAUCUCCCACAUCCCCACCAUUCAAGUUGAUGACAGAUGGAUUUGGUAAUCCAACAACUUCAACAGUUGAUGCUUUAUACAUUCUCAUACAGCAUAUCCAUCGAGCCAACAAGUAAGCACCCACAUUGCCUCACUUCUUUCUCCUAUAUUUUUUCCAAUUUUUUUCUGCUGAAUGCUGAUAUUACGAUACUGCAGCUUUUUCUCUUGUUCUAUUGAUAAGAUGAUAAAAUUUACCAUGGCGAAGUAUACGGUAUAAUGGGAAGUUCAAGGUCAUUGAGAAUGCCAAAUGGAAACUCUCCUGGAGACUGGAGAAUGGGAGUCUUACUGCAACUGCUUCCAAGGAAGUGGUUAGCAUGCCUUAAAGAAACCUGAUUUCAUGGUCACCGAGAUUUCAAUUUUAUCUGAGUUUGAAUUACAAAUGUUCUUCACUCACUGAUUCUGGUGUAUAAUUUGUGCUCUAUGCUUUCCUUUGACUAAUACACGUGUCAGUAAGUAAUGUGUGAUUAAGUGUAAGAUGGAAAGGGCUAACUUAGUUGUACUUGAUGAACAGAAUAUUCAGUUAUAGAUGUUUUUGUUCACAGUCCUAUUCCUUGAUGGCAAUGCCGAAAGGGAAUAGAGGCUGGGCCUUGACCAAGGCCUUGAUGGCUAUGCCGGAGAGUCCUUGGUUGAGGGGUUACUUUGCUGGAAAAAACAUAAGAUGGAAAAAUGUUGUAUAUUUUCAACUUAAGUUGUUCUUGUAUAUGGUUAACAAGAAUGCGCAAUCACUUCUUAUGGUGGUUUAAUUGCAGCA